AUAUAAAACACUUGAAUGCACACGUGAAAUGCAUGAUAUUGUUACUGUUUUUUUGUAAAAUGAUUACUACCGGGCAUGUAGUGGGAAUGUUGUUGACAUGGGUCAUAUUAAACAUUUAGACGAAAUAUGAGCAUGGUGAAACAGUAGGAAAGAGAGACUGAGCGUGUGUUCACUGCCGAUCUAGAUGCUCAGAUAAAGCGGACAGUGUGCAUGUGUGUCCAAUCUCAAACAGGUUUUCCCACAAUAGGAACUCUCCACCCCAUCCUGGUUGGACUUUAAAAGCCCAGCCUCUCCACAGAGAGACACCUGUUUCGCUCAGGUCUGCCCAGCUGUUCUCAUCUGAAACAUCUUCCACUGCAGCUCCCCACGGUUUCUCUUGACCAACUAUGAGUCUGAGAAGCAAGCGCAUCAGUUCCAGCAGCUCUGUGAGGAGCAGCGGAAAGAUGGGAGGCUAUGGUUACAGCAGUUUAAGUGGGAUCUCCCUGGGAGCAUCUGCCCCGAGCUUUAGCACCAGCUCGGCGUAUUUGGGGCCUCCCAUCUCCAGCAUCUCUGUCAACAAGAGCCUGCUGGCGCCCCUCAACUUGGAGAUCGACCCCAACAUCCAAAUGGUGCGCACUCAGGAGAAGGAGCAGAUCAAGUCGCUGAACAAUCGCUUCGCCAGCUUCAUCGAUAAGGUACGCUUCCUGGAGCAGCAAAAUAAGAUGCUGGAGACCAAGUGGGAGCUUCUGCAGAACCAGACCCCGGGCCGCUCCAACGUCGAGCCCAUGUUUGACGCUUACAUGGCCAACCUGCGCAGACAGAUGGACGUGGUCAACAAUGACAGGACCAAGCUGGAUGGAGAGCUGAGGAACAUGCAGGGACUGGUGGAGGACUUCAAACACAAAUAUGAAGAUGAGAUCAACAAAAGGAACAACCUGGAGAACGACUUUGUGAUUCUGAAAAAGGAUGUAGACUUGGCUUAUCUGGUGAAAGCUGAUUUGGAGGACAAAGUUGGUGCCCUGACUGAUGAGAUCAACUUCCUGAGAACCAUCUACGAUGAG